UGAUCAACAAGACUCAGGGAAUGCUGCCAAAAAUUGCAAUGGAAACUCAUUAUUCUGGGGAGAAAACAUGUCACGGAACCCAGUGAAUUUUGGAGAACUGAUCAGGAGUUACUGGAAAUCUUAUAAGGCUCCCUUUCUGUCUAGGUGACCUGGACAGAAAUGAGCCACGUGGCAACAAAAGGAGUUUCUGUAACAGAUUGAUCAUUAUUCUUCAUUAUUGUUCAGGUAUUUAUUUGUGCUUUUCUUUUGACUGAGAAGAGUAAAGACUAAAAAUUAAACUUAUUUUAUGGGACACUAACUGGAUAACAAAAAAUCUUACCAAAAUGACCAAAAUUGUGCUAAUUGCGGUCAUAAUAUGCCAUAUUGUGCAGUACACAGCUGCAUUAAAGGAACAUCCACAUGCUCAUCGGUUGAGCUCCUACGACCCAGAAAUGACACGAUGUGGUGAGUACAACUCACAGGUUCUGCCUAAUGGAAAGUGCAAGAUUGUCGCUACUUUGCCACAGCAAGAGGGUCACAGGUGCCCAGAUAUGUUCCGCUGCACAGAGGAGGUCGCCUACUGGUUGCAUGAGAACGAGGAACAUAAAUCGGAGAUUCUGGAGCUGAGGGAGCUCAUCUCUGAGCUUCAAGAGGAAUUACGGAACCACAGGCACCGACUUAAAUUGCUAGAAACUCAGUGUAGUGAAGGGAAUCACAGUUCCACAGUGGAGCACCGAGUUCACAAUCUAGAGAACUGGGCAGGUGAAAGCAGCGCCUUACAGCGCAUACAGGCCGCUUUUAUUUACGACCUUCAAGGGAAACUUCUUAACUUGUCCUCUGCGGUGGACAGGGCUCGUCGCAACGAUUGUUUGGCUGCAGCUGAACUACGAGCGCAGAAAGCACAUCCCAAAGCAGAUGUUCAGCACUCCCAGAGCUGCCACUCUGACUGCUCAAGCCUCUAUUACAAUGGGAUUAAAAGGUCGGGAAUUUAUACCAUUGAGACAGGCGAUGAAGGAAUUCCGACAGAAGUUUUCUGCGACAUGGAGACAGAUGGUGGGGGCUGGACCGUAUUACAGUUUAGACAGGACGGGUCUGUGAACUUCAACAGGACCUGGGCAGAAUACAAAGAAGGCUUCGGUGAUUUGAAUGGGGAAUUCUGGUUUGGAAAUGAAAACAUCUACAGAAUCACAAGCCAAGGAGAAUAUUCUCUUCGUAUUGAUUUAGAGGAUUGGGAUGGAAACCAUAAGUACGCAUUGUACAGAAGCUUUAGCAUUGAAGAUGAAGGCAACUACUACCGGCUGAAUGUGGAGGGGUUUAGUGGCACCAUUGAGGAUUCUUUCGCCUGGUACCAUAACAAAAGGAGCUUCAGUACUCCAGAGACUGAGAAUUUAUGUGCGGAAAUUUCCCAUGGGGGUUGGUGGUAUCACCAAUGCUUCUACUCCAAUUUAAAUGGCAUUUAUUAUAGGGGUGGAAGAUACCAGAAAAGACGCAGUGCCAUGGGACCGGACGGCAUAGUGUGGUACAGCUGGAGAAACACUGACUACUACUCACUCAGAAGAGUCUCCAUGAAAAUACGCUCAAGAGCAUUUCAACUACACCAAUACCCAUGAUGUGCUGCUCAUCCUGUGUGUAUUUUAGUUCCUUUUGUAGGAGUCUCCUUUGACUGGGAAUAUACAAAAAUUCACUUCUUUUUUGGGGGAUGGGGGUAAGGAGGGUAAUUGACAACUGUUUUAAUAAAAGCAAAUAAUUGUAUGUGAAAUGGGCCCAGGAUAGGAGAAACAGGCAGCAUGGGGGCUCACCGGCCAGAACUUCUACCUUGCGGCACUGGGCCCUGAUUUCAAUUCUAUCCAACACACUGCGAGGAUUGUAUUUGUUCUGUGUUGGUUUCCCCAGAUUCUUUGGUUUCCUCCCACACCCCAAAUACAUACUGGCAGGUUAAUUGGUUUGUGAUAAAACUGACCCUAGUGUGUGAAUGUGAUCGGCCCCUUAGAUUGUAAGAGAUUGAACUGGCGCAUAUUCUCUGUAGAGUGCUGUGGAAUACGUGUCUGUGUCCUAUAAAUAAUAAUAAACAUCCUUAUUUUUCCAAAGCACAAUCUCGUAAAGUUAUAAAGCCUUCAGCACCAUCUGCUGGUAAAAUAAAAAUAACCGUGUCUGUGUGUAUAGGCGACUCCCUGAUGUACAGGGGCAUGUGAAUGUUCUCCUUGUCUAAGUUCAUCCAGGUGUUUGCUUUUACAACACAUCUCACAUUUUUACACUUUUAAGAGGGACAUGCUGGUGUAAAUUCUCUGUGAAAAUACAUAUGAGGGAUAUUUGCAUGGAGAAUUUUUUUUCAUGUGUGCCUAGUAAAGUGGGGAAAGAGUUGCUGCAGAAAGAUGUGAAUUUUCUCCAAAGCAAAGUGAUAUUUUCACCAAAGUAAAGAUAAUUUGCCAAAACUUGCUGUACUUGUCUUUUAGUAAAUUGAUGAUGUCAGAGCGAAUUCUA